GUGUCUUCCUCAGCAAUCUGGAGAUGUUGUGAAGUGCGCGCUGAUGGAGGAGUUGAGAAUUUGAGGUGCCGCUGCUCUCAGACUUGAACUUUUGGACAGGUGGGCCCCACACUUUACGCGGUGCGGGUCAGCUGACUCUGGCCGGCGGAUUUAGGGCUUUGCAACCCACUUGCCCUGUGCAAAAAAUCCCGUUGGGGAGCUCGGUCCACCACAAGCGGAAAGUGGGGCACCACCUGCGCAGCAUUUGGAGGGCAAGUUGAAAUUCCCAAUUCCUGCCCUCUUCCUCCACACAACCAGUCUUCUUGAGAACCAGUGCAUCAAGAACACCGUCAAGAUGGUCAAGAAGAGAAAGAACAACGGCCGCAACAAGAAGGGCCGCGGCCACGUCAAGCCCAUCCGGUGCUCCAACUGCUCGAGAUGCACUCCCAAGGACAAGGCCAUCAAGCGGUUCACCAUCCGCAACAUGGUUGAGUCUGCGGCUAUCCGUGAUAUCUCCGACGCCUCGGUGUUCGCCGAGUACACGGUUCCCAAGAUGUACCUCAAGCUGCAGUACUGCGUCUCUUGCGCCAUUCACGGCAAGAUUGUCCGUGUCCGCUCCCGCGAGGGUCGCCGCAACCGUGCUCCUCCCCCGCGUGUCCGCUACAACAAGGACGGCAAGAAGGUCACCCCUACCCAGGGUGCUAAGACUGCCUAA